AUGAGAGCUGCGAGUGCCGAUGCGCCGCCUUUCAAUCCCUCCCAAACAUCCGCAAACUCGGGCGCAAGCAAGCGCACCACAUCCAAUGGCCAGCAGGUAGUUCUCGACUCGGACGAUGAUUCUCUACCCGACCUUGACUUUGGUCUUCCCACCCCCAAAGUCAAGACAAUCGUCACGACCACCACCACACGUUCUAAGCGCAUGUCUGAAGACCAAGAGAACGGUCUACAAAAGCCGGCCAAGAAGGCCAAGGAUAACAGGAGCAAGUUUGAUGUACUUGUAAAGGCGGCCCACAAGAAUCUCGAGACAGAGCGGCAGAUCAAGGAGCACAGUGCGCUUCUGGACCAGUCCCUUGAAGAACACGCAGAUACUACCCUGGCACUCAACGAGGAACUACUUGGCCAAGCUGUGGACGACGACGACGAUCCAGAGAAAGCGCAUCGCCUCCUUCAGGCCAUGCAGAGAACAAAUGCUACACAGAUGGAGAGCGUCUACCAUUUCUUCCAAGAUGACUCGGACUCAAUACAAGCGCAGCCCAAGUUCCCCAUCAGCAGCCUGCCCAAGCACGGAUGGGCCUCGAUUUUCAAAGGCUACGUUCGAAAGCUCGAAGGCGACGCUAUGGAAGCUCUCAUAUGCAACCUUGAUAACCACAAAAUGACCUCCACCGUAGGGAGUCCUCCACUGCAACACGAUACCCAGGCUCUAAUUUCUUCACAGCUUAGCGAUAUCAUCUCCCAACUACUUGUCAAAGUAACGCAUCCUCUGCUUCAAAGGAACCUAGUCUGUUCUUUCCCAGCGACUUCACCAUUAACGGCAUACCUACAACGCCACUUGGCUCUCGCGUUAUUAGUCUACCCAGUACCAGUCGACGUAGAACUCUCAGACCCCAAGCUGCCUGACAUGAUUCACCAAUACCUGGACAAGUCUUCGAAUUUCCGAAUAGACAAGGACACCGACUACGAGCACCUCACCGCACGUUUGACAUUGCUUGACAUUGCCAUAGGGCCUGGCUUAUUGAACGUCCCGUAUCAGCCCCUAUCAAGUCCAACUACGUCAGAAACCGGCUCGUCUCCAGUCAGGGUUCCAGUACCAGCGUCAUCAGAAGUCAAAGAUUUCAACAACGAGGUGGAUGCGCUUGCUCGGCAGUUCCAGCUACUCAGCAACUCCAUCGUCGAGGCUGGCGCUGCGGUGGAUCUUACCAUCAUGGACGCCAAAGAUUCUAUAGAGAGACUACGCGCACGACUCGAGCACGCUGUGCGGAUAGGCGGAAAGAAGGUCUAUAACCUCUUUGGUGAUGAAGAUGAACACACACAGCCAAAUCUCAGAAGGUUCUUUAAAAGCACGAGCAAAGACGCGCCGAAGAAGUCCAUCUUCGACGAAGAGGACGAUGUAGUGGUAUCACCAGCCGAUGACCCAAAAGCCUGA